AUGGAUCCCUACAUGUAUUUCUGGCUUUUUGGGCUCAUAAACAACGUGCUGUACGUUGUCAUAUUAUCCGCAGCAGUAGACCUCAUAGGACCGUCGUCACCCAAAUCGCUGGUGCUGUUGGCAGAUAUUCUACCCUCACUCGCAAUCAAACUAAUAUGCCCCUUCUUUGUCGAUAAGAUAUCGUACCCGAGGAGGGUCGUUGCUCUAAUCAUCACCAGUUUUGUUGGAAUGUUGCUCGUCUCGGCAAGCUCGUUAAAAUUGACUAUAACGGGGAUAGUGCUUGCAUCGUUGUCCUCAGGGUUUGGCGAGGUAACGUUUUUGCAACUCACACACGUCUUCCCGCAGAGUGCCCUAAAUGGGUGGUCCUCGGGGACAGGCGCAGCAGGAUUGCUGGGCACUUCCGCAUACAUGUUCCUCACCUCCAUCUGUAGAAUUCGAGUGACAAUGGCGCUCUUACUCUUUGCAGUGAUGCCCUUUGCAUUUCUCCUUUUCUUCAAACUGGAUACCGAGUUGAUUCACCCAGAUACGAGCUCCCAACACCGUGCACAUUUGAAGCUGGAAGAAUUGCUCUACAGAACUCGAGGGCUUGUCAUACCCUACAUGCUACCGCUGACCUCGGUCUACCUGUUCGAAUAUAUGAUAAAUCAAGCAAUAUCGCCCACACUGCUUUUCCCGCUGGGGGGCACCGACAGGGACGGCGGAUCGGAAAGAGGCAGUGGGAUACCUUUCUUCUUCAAAAAAUACAGGGACAUCUACGUUACUUACAGUACAUUGUACCAGUUGGGGGUCUACAUUUCGAGAUCCUCAGGGAAAUGGAUUAGAAUAAAGCAUUUGUACUUGCUGUCUCACCUCCAAGCCUUGAAUUUUGUCCUGGCCCUGAUUCAAUCGUGGCUGUUUGUUGUAAAAUCGCCAUGGCCGGUCAUGUUUAUGGUAUUUUACGAGGGACUUCUUGGUGGCGCCUCUUACGUUAACACUUUUUUGAACGUCUCGGAUGAUAUCGACGACCCUAAGUUGAAAGAGUUUGCUCUGGGCACUGUCUCCAUUGCCGACUCUUCAGGCAUUUUUGUCGCAGCAUUACUUGGACUACCGUUGGAACCGGCCUUGUGUAAGCAUCAAUUGGCAGAUGGGAGGCCCUGGUGUAGAAUGGAAUAA